CUUAACGCUGGUUGCCAUAAAAAUGAUAAAACAGCCAUAAAACGGAAAAAAGAAGUAUCACACCCGCUCCACACCUGCCAUUUGCUCACUGGGUCAAGUUGCGCUCUGGGCUGGCAGGCCCGGGCGGGCCACAGAGAAACUCACUUUACCUAACAGCAAGCUUCAAAAUGUCCCGGUCGAAGCUAGAGAGACAUAAAGUUGGUUGUGAAAAUUGCCAAUUCUAAAGCGAAUGGACUGAGAAGUAUUUAUUCACUUUGCCAACUGCAACAAGUAAUAAACCGGUGUGUUUAUUGAGAAACAAAUGCAUUGCUGUGAUGAAAGAAUAUAACGUGAAGAGGCUUUACAAGUCAAAUCAUGGCUCGUUUUCUGCCAGUUUUGCAGAGGGCUUGGAGGAACGGAGAAGGAAAGUACAGGGACUGCCAGCAUCUUUUCAAUGGAGUCAAGUGGCCCUUGGUCGCUUUUGCACGGAACAAGAGAGAGCCAUGAUAGUAUCCCUGCAUGUAGCCUGGACACUAACCAGAGAGAAGAGGCCUUUUACCGAGGUGGAAACCGUUAGAGAUUGCAUGCUUGCUGUCAUUGAUGAAAUGGUUGUUGAUGAAAUAGUUAAGGAAAGCGUCACUUCAACCAUUAAAAAAGUACCUCUCUCGGACACAUCAUUCUUCGCAGAGUGGAACUACUUGCAAAGGAUGUCUCAAGAAAGCUUUUGGAAAACCUUCAAAAAGCAGAGGUGAUGUCUAUCGCUGUCGACGAAUCAACUGAUCGUACCGACAUGGCCCAGCUAUGCAUCUAUGUCAGGUUUUUCAACGGAGCGUGCUUUUGGGAAGAACCUCUGGAACUUAUUCCAUUGGAGGGACACACUACAGAUUUCUACCACAAACUGGUGUCAGAAGUGGGAUCGCUCGACUGAGGGUGUCUGGACUCGGAGUCGAAGGAGGCCGAUCAUCCUGAAGCCAAAUCUUCAGCCUCAACCUCGCCACAAGGACGGUGUGUCAAAAUGCAGGAUUCUGAAUUCAACUGGGUGCUGCCCAGGAGACGCCUCAACCCGCCACAACAACAAGAUGAACCAGCAGCCCAAGCUCAUCAGACGCCUGAUCCACGGCCAAGAGCUACACCACCAUAUAACUCUAACCUUCCCCCAUCUCAUGUUCCCCUCAUCUACCCUGAUACAUCUGGCUUACGACAACUUUUGGAUGAGGCCACAGCAACAACAAAUCAACAGGACAAAGCUGCCUCCCCUUCUCAUACCAGGUCUGGUCUGGUAUUCAAAAGAUCUCAAAAUCCAACCAUCGUCCCUGUGCUUUCAUUCAUCACCCCCCAUCUACAGUGAGACCUGACACAGAUGGAAACGUGGACCGGAUCCUGAAUCUCCCCAUGAUGGAGAGAGUUUCACCCAACAACUUCUGAACUGAGAUGGCUCCUGAUGGUAAAGAUGGGCAAUAAUUGGGCAAAGAUCUCAGCAGGAUAUCCAGAGAAUGAUAUGACACUGGCUAACCCCGACUGGGUGCAUAAUGACAACGCAGCCUAUAGAGUACACAUCACAGAUCUCUGUGAGCACAUCAAAGCAGCAUUCACUAUGAGAUUGGACAUGAGCAAAAUCUCCUCAUGUAAACAAGAUGAUGAGAGUGUUCACAACUAUCUCACUCGUCUGACAGAAGUUCACAACACACACAGCGGGCUGACACCUACAGCUGACCUGAAUGAUAAUGCUAUUACAGCAUGGGAAGUACAUUUGAGAAACAGCUUCCUGAAUGGACUGGAACCUGAUAUUUCCUACAUAGUGAAACGUAUAUUCAUCACCUGGGACUAAACGCAAAUUAAGCCUCAUUGAAGCACAUGCUGUGCACGCUGAGAAAAUCCUCAAAGAAAGCCAAGUGAGGAAAGGAGAAAAGAAAGAGAAAGAUCUGCACAUUGCUGCAUUGACUAUGUUCCAAGGACAUGCCAGAGGGCGCAGACACAGCCGUGGCAGAGGCGGACUUAGAGGUGGCUGUAGAGGAUGACACACAACUGAUCCAGAUUCUUGUUUUCAUUGUGGUGAGAGAGGACACUAGGCCAAAGACUGCGUAAAGAAAAAUCCAACUUUCAAGCACAAGGCCGAUUGACUCGGGGCGGCAGCUCAGGAGGGGGAGGAAUCAGCACCUUUAACUUUGACCACACUGACACACGAUGAGAGACAACCUACACAUCAGACAGGUGAUUGCACCAUGCACACACAUAUGCACACACUGAUUGAUGAUGCCAUAGCUCAGUUAGAGAAGAAGCAGGAAACAGCAAACACACAGCAUGUAGGCACAUAUGCUAAAUACUCAACUGAUGCUUAUGCAGGCAUGCCGACACACACACUUCUUGUACAUGGUAAGCAUGUAACAUUUCUUGUUGAUUCUGGUGCAACACAAUCUGUUAUUAGAGCUGACACUUUUUUAACACCUCCAAAGAUGAGCGGAAGAUACAUGAAGUCUGUAGGGGCGUCAGGUGACACAGUUCUGGAAAAAUACAGAUUUCCAUUAUCAUGCACUGAUGAUGUUACAGGCAAAUUUAAGCAUUCAUUAUUGUUGUCAAACUGUUGUCCAAUCAAUCUAAUGGGAAGAGAUGUAAUGUGUUUCUUGGGUAUUUGUCUUGUUUCAACAUCAAAAGGGGUUAUUGUUAUUCGAACAAGUGAACUUGAGUUCCCUGACACUCACGUAUUUGUGAAAUACAGCCCUGACACACUGCUUUAUGUGUAUGAACGCAAGCUCUGCACAUCAGCUGUGACUUCCGUAAACACUGCUGAUGUUGAGAGUUCAUGCACACUCACAUUCAACAUAGACACAGACUACAUGCAACCACAAGACCUACACUGCACUGCACACAUACAUGAAGGGGGAGAUGCAGAGUUUGAGAAAAGAUGGUUCAAAGAUGGUUGUCUGAGCGAAAAGCUAACAUUAAGUAACAUGUUUUGGAAUAAACACAGAUAUGCCGUUUCAGUGACCUUGCCUGAACAAACAAAACCAAAGCAAAUUGAUGAAUCUUCACCAUAUUUCUCUUUCAGUGAUUCAGGUUCCAAUUCUCUUUUUGACAUUCCUGUUUCAUAUCCACACGUGUCAAACACAGGGAAGGAAAAUGGCAAGAUUUGGGUCCAUGGGUGAGUCAGUGUGUUAGUGCACAAAUGUGGGAGUCAAAAUCUGAUCCUUAUGUUCAAUAUAAUCCUGUUUUGAAGGUUUAUCGACAAAAAUACACCUCUGUUGUUCACACACUCAGAUCUGUUCAGCUGAUACCAGACACAACACACAUCUGCAUAUAUGCAUGACACCUGUGAUGUCAUAAACAGCCCAGCCCUACAGGAAGUCCCAAAGACUCUGUGGGCCCAAGGCAAAAAUGAUGUUCGUCUGAUUAAAGGAAUGCAGCCAGUUGUGAUAACACCAAAAUCUGAUUACAGGCCCUGCCAACCACAAUAUCCUCUCAAAAAAUAAGCGGUUGAGGGCGUUACACCAGUCUUUAAUGCUUUAUUAAAGGCAGGUGUAAUCAUUCCUUGUGAAAAUUCUCCUGUGCGCACACCAAUCUUCCCAGUGAAAAAAAUCAGGGAUGAAGGACAGCUAGGUGAAUGGCGUUUUUUACAAGACUUGCAAAGUGUGAAUGAUGCUGUACAACAAUGUGCUCCAAAUGUCCCUAACCCAUAUACUAUUCUUUCUCAGGUGCCGCCUGAAAUUAAAUGGUUUUCAGUGGUCGAUUUGGCGAACGCAUUUUCAGUGUUCCAGUCCAUCCAGAGAAGGGUUUUGUGAAUCACCUACCAUCUACAGCGUUGCGUUGAAAGAAAGUUUGAGCUCAUUAAAACUGUCACCAGGAAGUGCACUGUUGCAAUAUAUUGAUGAUUUCAUGAUCUGUGCUCCAACUCAAGCUCAGUGUGAAAAAGACACAAUUGCACUGUUGAAACAUUUGGAUAAAGAAGGUCAUAAAGUUACCCUGUCAAAAUUGCAUUUUGUACAACAAGAAGUGACAUUUUUGGGUCAUGUGAUCACAUCAGAGGGCAAAUCCCUCUCCCCAAAAAGAAUAAAAGCAAUCCAAAACAUUCCACGACCAAUUACAAAGAAACAAGUCAUGUCUUCUUUAGGAAUGUGUUCUUAUUGCAGAUCAUUCAUUCCCAACUAUGCUGUCCUCGAGGUGCCCCUGAGCGCAAUCUCACACGGGCGAGGCCUGCAGGCACCACAGUAAGGUGACAUGGACUGCUGAACCAGAAAAAGCAUUUGUUGAUUUGAAACUUGCUCUCCAAACGACUCAGACUCUUGGAUUACCUGAUCCAAGUCAACCUUUCACCUAGACUGUUGACAAAAAUGGAGGAUGCAUGACUUUAGUGCUGCUCCAGGACCAUGGAGGCAGACAGAGACCUGUAGCUUACUUUUCAAACUUGACCCUGUAGCUGCAGGACUUCCUACAUGUCUGAGAGCUGUUGCGGCUGCAGAAAAAGCUGUGAUGGCUUCCAGAGACAUAGUGGGGUACUCUGACCUAACUUUGCUCAUUCCACAUGCUGUUUCAUUGAUUUUGCUCGAACAGAAAACAUCUCAUCUGUCUGCAGCAAGAUGGCUCCGUUACAACACUGUGUUGCUUGAAAUGCCUAACAUCACUGUGAAAAGAUGUAAUGUUCUUAAUCCUGCAACUCUUCUCCCCACAGAAGGUGAUGGAGAAGAACACAACUGUGUUGCCACAAUAAGUUUGUGCCACAAACAACAUUGGUAUUGGUAUUCAAACACCACAAGCAGCACACCCUCCACCAGAAAAAAAACAUUUGAUCACUUACAGAUGGAUUUCAUUGAACUAACACCAAGUGGAGGAAAGAAAUAUUGUCUGGUAAUUAUUGACAUGUUUUCCAAAUGGAUCGAAGUUUUCCCAUAGCAAAACAAGACACUGGUGCUGUUGCUAAAGCUCUUAUCAUUGUCAGGAAUUCCGGGAAGAAUUAGCAGUGAUAAUGGAACACCGUUUGUCUGUGCUGAUCUAAAACAAGUUGGUGAAUAUUUUGGCAUUGACAUGAGACAGCAUUGUGCUUAUCAUCCAGCCAGUGGUGGUGCUGUUGAGCGAGAGAAUGGAACCUUAAAAAAUAAAUUGGCAAAAGGAAACAGGCUUGUCUUGGACAAAGACACUCCCAAUUGUUCUUAUGCAAAUGAGAGCUAGGGUCAGACCAAAAUACGGCCUUAGUCCAUUUGAAAUCCUGUUUGGGUGAGCAGCCAACACAGGCAUUGGACCUGUCAAAAGACAAUUACCGUCCACAGUCCACUGUGAAGAUGAAAUGCUUCGUUACUGUGCUAACUUAUCCUCUUUUCUAUCUAACAUACACAACCAGGUGAAAGAAGCACUACCAACUCUUGUCACAGGACCUCUUCAUGACCUGCAGCCUGGUGACAGGAUAGUAUUGAAAGACUUGAGAAGAAAGGCUUGGCGCUCUAAGCGGUAGACGGGCCCAUUCCAGGUGCUGUUGACCACACAGAUGGCAGUAAAGGUCACUGAAAGAGUCACCUGGAUCCAUGCCAGCCACUGCAAAAGAGUUCCACCUCCACCAGAGACACCUACAACAGAGUAAGUCACCACGGCGCGAUUGAAGACUCUACGAGAGUGUAGGUGGAUUGCUGCUCUCAGGUGACCAACACAAAGACAUCCAUUCACACACCAGGAAGAGAAGUAGAAGUUACAGUAUUGGCAUACUGUCCGACAAGAGCGGGCCAGGCUCCAACUAAGUGAUGUGCUGAGUGAAUCUCAGUGUCACCAUCGUGGGAUCAAUGAUGGAACCCGAACGACGGCCAUGGCAUCCAUUCAGAUGUCCUGGAUGGUGUGGUUUGCGAGGUUCAAUGUGUUCUCUUUUUGUGAUUUAAUUGUUCUCUUAAUUGUGAUUCCAAUCAGCUUCAAUUUAGACAGUCAACAUGCACAAACAAAUACCGAUACAACACCAGGGCCACAACCAGCUAAUGUUACCACAUUGUCGCUUAAAAGCAACCAACGUUUUGCAUACAAAACUCCUUUUGACCACCCUGACUUUAUGAAAAACAAUGCCUGGUUGAUGUACACUAACUACACCACACGACAGCAUGCUAACCACUCUUGUUUGUUCUGUAUGCCAGCCCGCCCUGAGCUAAUGAUCAUGUCAACUCCACACACCCCACAAACAUCCUGAUACUGUUUCCCACACUCCUUGUCUAUAAAAAGCAUGUACACUUUGUAUUUGAUUAUCAGUCUGCAAUUACACUUUGUUGUGACUGUACACUGAUCCCUUGCAAGGUUCUCAUUAAAAGACAUUAAGACAACUUGGUCAUUGUCAGCUUUUUAUUUUUCAGAUUUCCACCACACUCGUGACCCAUUUUCCAUCAAACCAGAGGCAGACUUCUGUGUAAAAUCAAAAGAGGUAAUGUCUUGUAUUGAUGAGAACAUCUUUCAAAUGGAAUUGGUUGAUGUGCAGUCCUCCUUUGCUUUAAAACAGCACUUGCAGUCUGAGGGUGCAGUGGACUUUUGGUCUAAGCAUGUUAGCCAAUAUCAGUACCCCACAAUAAGGAAAGUGGCCUUGCUAAUACUGACAAUGUUUGGAUCCACUUACACUUGUGAGUCUAGUUUUCUCGUAUGAAUGCCAUCAAAACAAGGGCACGUUGUUCCAUGACCAAUGAGAAGUUGCAUGAGUGUCUCAGGAUUGCCCUUACUACUUAUGAGCCAAACUAUGUUGAAAUAGCGAAAUCAAAGCAGUGUAAUUUCUCUCAUUGACUCAAACGACUCAAAAUGACAGAAGUCUGAUUUGUAUGGUGGUUCUGUAGUAGUAAAUCACCUGAUUGAGGCAUUUAAUGCCAUCUUAGUGAAAAUGCAAAGACUACAGAUCUGUUUUAUGAUGAUUCAAACAGGCCAACUUAUUGUUAGUCUUGAUACUGUUCAACUGUUUUCACCCUUAACAAAUAUGGAUAUGGACCUGCUAUAAGCACCAUAUGUCUGCUUGGAAUUGUUUUUGAUAGUACCAUGAACAGGCCCAUUUAUUAUUAGUCUGAUGGCUACUGUUUUACUAUGUUCAUCUUGCAUUUAGCAUUUAAGGAUAUGGACCUGUUUUAAAAGCUCCUUAUGUAUGCUUGGAAGUGUUGUUGAGGAUGUUAUAAACAGGCCUACUUACUGUUAGCCUGAUGGAUACUGUUUUACUAUAUUCAUCUUGUUUUCUACAUUUGUGGAUAUGGACCUGUCAGAAAAACACCUCAUGUCUCCUUGGUUUUUAAAUUGUUACUCUUUGCACUUCUGUUUCAAGCUUUGUAACCAUAGCUUUCCUACUUUUUGUAUAGACUGGCUGCUGUCUGGAAUUGAUUGUAAUGAUACAAUUAAAGUGAAAGAAAAGG